ACAAUUUCUGAGUCUGAUUAACUUCUACGACAUACAUUAAUUAUUUGAUCUAAUUGUGAGGCUCAGACUCCGGAGAAGAGAGACCCUGUGAUUGUGUGGUCAACUAUCAUUUAUCAAUGUCACGCUUCGUUAUAUUUUAGUCUGGUACCAGGGCAAAUUUGGAACUUGGAUAAGUAACGAAACCUGGUCAGUGGCCGUUCUUCCCCUUCUGUAAAUAGUAAUACUUGAGGUUGAGGUUGAUGUAGCUCAGUCAAAACUCAAAAAAAAGUCAUCAAAUUGUUGGCUUCCGAAGUUGGAAAUUGGAAUGAAUUCUAAUCUGUGGUUUCAUUCUUAUUGAGAGAGGUAUCGCCGCUCUAUUCUUCAAAACUCGCAGACGCAGAAAAGGCGGGGACCUGGUCUGUCUACGGUUACGUCAGCCCGAUGUGUGCAGCAGCGCACCACCAACUCUUUCCCUCUCAGUCAGAGAUGUAAGAAGAAUUUCGAGAUGAGUUGCUCAAGAUUUGAUCAAAUAAUCUGGAAGGAGAGAGAGAAUAGGUUUGAAGAUUAGUUGCAAAAAUGGGGAGUGGGAGGCACAAGUGGUUCUCCUUCCGGUCUUCGUCUGGCAUCUCGAAAGCCGAAAUGAAGCAAUUUCCCAAGGAAUUCGUGUGUCCUAUUUCUGAGUCGUUAAUGGCGGAUCCGGUAAUUGUUGCUUCCGGUCAGACAUUCGAGCGGAACUGCGUUCAAGCUUGUAAAAACUUGGGUUUUACACCGAUCCUCUCCGACGGCUCAAAACCUGAUUUCUCUACGGUAAUUCCCAACAUCGCAUUGAAAUCGACUAUUCUCAAAUGGUGUGAUACUUCUGGCGUCGAAUGCCCUAAGCCCAUGGAGCAUGGGUCGGCAGAGAAGUUUGUUCGUGCAUUAAUAGCGUCUCAAGACGAAAAAUCACGGAGCAAAAACAACAAAGAAGACGAAGAAAAAGAAGAGGAUGCCAAGCUAGGGGCUUCUGAGAAAGAGCUGCUUAAAGGGAUUGCAGAGAAUCCUCCGGUCAAAUUUACUCACGCGGAGACUGAGGUAAAUCGUCGACGGACUCACUUCUACACGAGCUCGGAGUCGGAGGAAUCGGUGACGACGACCAAUCCCAGCACACCUCUACCCCUUGCCACUAGGCCCUCUUGUUACUCUUCUUCGUCGUCGUCUGAGAUUAUCGCAGAUGACGAAACCCCGAACACCAAUUCAUCCGAGGAGGACGAGUUUAUCUUUAAGCUCAGGAGUUGCCAGGUAUUCGAGCAGGAAGAAGCCGUGAUUUCGCUGAGAAAGGUAACUAGAACCCAAGAAGAAAUUAGGAAUACCCUCUGUACGCCUCGAUUACUGUCAGCCCUGCGACCUCUACUGGUCUCGCGAUACUCUGCCAUUCAGAUAAACGCGGUCGCAGCGUUGGUGAAUCUGUCUUUGGAGAAGAUGAACAAGGUAAAGAUCGUACGGUCGGGAAUUGUCCCGCCGUUGAUCGACGUGCUGAAAGGUGGAUUCGCAGAAGCACAGGAGCACGCGGCGGGUGCCCUUUUCAGCUUGGCUCUCGAAGACGACAACAAAAUGGCGAUAGGGGUGUUAGGGGCGUUGCAGCCGCUUCUUCACAUGCUCCGAUCCGAGAGCCAGCGGGCUCGGCACGACUCGGCGCUGGCGUUGUAUCACCUCUCACUCGUUCAGAGCAAUCGUACAAAACUUGUGAAAAUGGGUUCCAUCCCGACGCUGUUAGCCUUGGCAAGCACGGGGGAUUUGGCAAGCCGUGCAUUGCUCAUAUUGUGCAAUUUAGCGGUGUGUAUGGAGGGACGCACGGCGAUGCUCGACGCCAAUGCGGUAGAGUGCUUCGUGGGGAUGUUGAGGAGGCAUGAGUUGGAAUCGGAAGCGACUCGGGAGAACUGUGUGGCGGCGUUGUACGCGCUGAGCCAAGGGAGUCUGAGGUUUAAGGGAUUGGCGAAGGAAGCCGGAGCUAUGGAGGUACUGAGGGAGGUGGAAGACAGAGGGAGUGAGAGAGCAAGGGAGAAGGCAAAGAGGAUGUUGCAGAUGAUGAGAGGGAGAGAUGAAGAAGAGGAUGAGGAGGUGGACUGGGAGGACGUGCUGGAGUUGGGGGUGACGAGUCGAGCGCGUCACCGAUUCGGUGGUUACGCAAACAACGAGUCGGGUUCCAUUUCCACAACGUUUUGAUUGGAUUUGUCGUCACGUCACAACUUUGUAAUUAACUGAUUAUUACUGUGACCUUUUUUUUUAGGGGUUUUCUCAUUUCUGCCUCGGUUUGAAAUUUGGAAAUUGGAAUGGUAUAAGUUGUAAAUAGGGUAGUAGGUUUUUGGAUUUUUAUUUAUUUAUUUAUUUUCUUUAAAAUUGGGGGAAGGGGAUGGGAUUUUGAGGUUGGUAAAUGAAUAAUGAUAGAUAUUAGAGGAGGUGUGGAAUCUAAAUUUGAAUUUGGGUGAUAUGGCAUCGAAUUUCAGUAUCGUUUCUUUGGUUUGAAAAAGAAAGCAUCUUAUAGAAAGUUGUAUGGAAGCUGUGCGGCCUUUUUGUUAAGAAAGGAUCUGGAUUCAAAUUUGCUCGGCAUUAUGAUUUAUGCCUUGCCUUUUCUUUAUGAAAGUUGGAAGUAUCAGAUUCCUCAAA